AUGCCAUUAUUUAGCAACAAAUUUACGCCAAAAACAAUUCCUGUGCGACGACAAGAUACUUCAGUAAUAAGAAAUGAGUUUGGCAGUGACUAUGCCUCCAAGGAAUUAUCUAUAGACUUAUGCCCCCUCAAGUUGAAGUUGGGAGAUUUCGAAGUGUCGUUCGAAGAAGGCCAGUGGAUUCCAGCAUCUGGUCGCGCAGGGAUUACCCACAAAGAGAAUCACCGUCUAAAGAAGGAACUAGAACAACUUGAAGAGGAAAAUAAUAUGCUCCGGCUUAAAUUUGAGAUACUACUCGAUAUGAUGACCGACAAGACUGUGGAAGCAGAGCAACAAGCUGAAAUGCAGCGAGCACAGAGCCUUGGCUCCCUGAAGCAGAAGAGUAAAAAACAAAAAUGGUGA